AACCUACUUCACGGGGAAAGAUUGUUGGUUGGUGAUGCUCAUGACUGUUGAAACACAAAUCGAGUACACUCUUUGUGAGUGCUUCCCUUAUCAACAGCAACUGUAAAGGGACAGUGAGUACAACUAGCUGACAGAGCAUAUCAGUGAAUAAAUUGAAGAAAUUGCUCGCAUGAACAAAUAAUACUUUGUGUAGUUGUGUGGCUGUCAGCUGAAUGUAGGGGGCUCAUACAGCAUGAACUCUGGAUUGGCUAUUUCUUUGUCCUGCAUCCAAAUGCUCCCUAUAUGACUGCUUGUUGAAGGCUGAAGUGGACUGAGUGAAAAAUCACUGGUUACCAAUACAUCCAUGUGUAUAAUCUUUUUCAAGUUUGACCCUCGGCCUGCGUCCAAAAAUGCCUACAGGCUAAUUUUGGCAGCAAACAGGGAUGAGUUGUACAACAGGCCGUCUAAAGCUGCCGACUUCUGGGGCACCAACGCUGAGAUCCUCAGUGGCCUAGACCAGGAGUAUGGCAAGGAGGGUGGAUCAUGGCUGGGGAUCAACAAGUGGGGCAAGCUGGCCGCCAUUACUAACUACAUGGAAGGGCGUCCCAACCCUGACGCACAAGGACGGGGGUUUUUAGUCUCUAACUACCUGAUGGAUAAGGAUGUGGACAGCUAUUCCUACCUGAAGAAGGUGUCUACGGAGGGCCACCUGUACAACGGCUUCAACCUCAUCACAGCAGAGUUCAAAGCCAAACAAGACACUGUGUGUUACUAUGGAAACAGAGGCAGCCCUGAACCUAUCCGUUUGAAUCCAGCAGGAAUCUACGGCUUAAGCAAUUCACUCCUGGACACGCCGUGGAAGAAGCUGCUGCACGGCAAGCGGCACUUCAGCAGCGUGGUCAGUGACCAGUCGCUGUCCAGUGAAGGGCUGGUGCAAGAGCUGCUCAAUGUCCUUAAUAAUGAGGAACUGAACACGCCUGAUCCAGUUCAGGAAACCCAGGGCGAUGGCUACAGCAAGCCCAUGAUCCAGGCUUUGUCAGCCGUGUGUGUUCGCUCCCCUCAUUAUGGCACAAGGACCAACACAAUAAUCCUUAUAGACGCAGAAGGGAAUGUUACCUUCACAGAGCGCAACAUGCUCAAUGGUGAUACAAGCAAAUGGAGCACCAAUUCGUUCCAGUUCAGCCUGCAGAUGUGAAGAGAACCCACUCUGUGCCUUUCUGCAUCCUCUUACCUACCAUCCUGCCCAGUCUGGGUCCGGCAGCCGCACCUCCCCGUUGGCGUAAACAUGAAGACUUGACUGCACUUGGUUUUCCUUCACCUUCUCACUCGCUGCCUCUCAAACAUCAGCAAUAUGUUUCUUCUGCUAUGAAUCUCAGUUUAAGUCUGAAAAGUGUGCGCUGAUUUAAAAGGAAACUGCCAAAGGAGAAGAUUUUGUAGAGAAAAUGAUUUUAUCCUCACAUCACAAAACGGUGUUGGUGUUCCUUAAAAUUGACAAAUCUCCUACUAAUAUCUGGUAACUAUAAAAUGAAUGUGGUGAAUCUAACUCUGUUCGGCUCACAUUUCUUCCUUUAUAAUUAUGAUAUGAAAUGGAUCUGUACUUGGGCAGCUUCCAUAAUGUGGGUUGAGCAUUCUAGCUAUUAUCUUGAUUGAUAAGUUAGUUCCAACCAUUUAAGGUUGUUUUUGUUUAUUUUCCAAUAACUUUACCUGUGUUGUUGGUAUGUCAGAAGCCAUGCUUCAUUCAAAUGUAACCAUCAUCUCAGUUUGUGCUAAAUCCAAAAUGUUCAAGGCAAUGAAUCUCUGGGAAUAAUGCAUUUUGCAGCUACUCAACUAUUUAAAAAUGUACUCAAACACAUUUAAAGUAGAAGAAAAGAAAAUCAUGGGUGUUUUUUUGGUGUUGACAUUUUUUCUCUUCCUUUAAACAUUUUAAGUUACUUCUCAAAGGGUGUCGUUGUUUUUUUAUGAGAAUC